CUGAUAAUCAUCUCGUAAUAACAAGAUUGUUUUCUCCUAAUCACGAUAUCUUUUCUCGUAAAUUUGAGAUAAUUUUAUCGUAACUACGAAAUAUUUUCUCGUAAUUACGAGACAGUGAAGGAUGAAUUUGUUUCACAUGCAUGUAAUACUAAGAGGCUUUCGUGCCCAACGCCUUCAUCUCCAGAGAAGAUUUUUAAAUCAUCAAGCAAUAUCCGGUAUAAAGACCGAGGAAAACACGUAAUUUGCCUUGUCAACUAGCUAGUGUAAAGCUGUGUUGUAACCGUACAUCCUGUGAUUAAUUCACCCUCCAUAAACGACGUGAUAUUGCACUUCCCUCGAAAUAGUCAACAAGGAAGUGAAUUCCAUUCAUUCCGAAACUAACAAAACGAGACUCGGGAACAAUGGAAUCUAAAUUAAGGUCAACGAAAGAAGCACAGGUUUCUGUGUUUUUACCUAGGCAACUUGAGACGAAGAUGACCAGGAAACGCUUCAUUCUGACGGAAAGUCUUCUUCUGAUUUGCAUAUAUACCUCGUUUUCUAACGUUUUUAGCACAUCAAUAGGUUACACCUGGUUUGAAGCACGUGAAGCAUGCCAAGAGAAAAACGAUAGCUUGACAAUUAAGAAAGCACAAUCAGAUGGAUACUACUGGACUGGCAAUUACAAACGCAUUUCGAAGUGGAUCAAAUUAAUAGGUUGUUGUAAGAUGACAGAUGUGACUGCAGUCCGGAUCUUUAAUAUGGUCAAUUCGUCUGCUGGAUUGUGCCAGGAGCUCUGUGGUUCGGACGAUUAUGCAACCUUCGCUGUACAGUCAGGAAGUUGUUUUUGUUUGAACAACGAUUACCUCAACAGAAUGAUGUCAACGACGUCAGCUACACUUUGCAACUUCACCUGCAAUAAUCAUUUCGAUGAUGUAUUAUCAACUGAAUGUGGGGGCAAUACAACUGUUAAUGUGUUUUCAACAGGAACAGAGGUUUUCUAUUCACAAGAUAAUUACUGCCUAUCCUUACAAUGUGGUGCUCAAAGUAAAGUUUUUAAAGAAAAGACUUGCAACACGGCUUUGAAAGCGGUCUGUCAAGGAAAAGAGAGUCUAAACAAUUAUACAGGAUGGAGAAAUCAUCUGACGAACUGUAAGAAACGGAAUCGCUAUCUUUUUGGAAAUGUUAAUAUGUCAAACACAGACUUAUCUUGUCAAUAUGUGAAUGCAACAUUUGGCGAUCAACACUGGGUUGGAGUUGUACGAGAAAGAUAUCUCUCGAAAGACAGAGGUCAAUACGAUAUAAACAAACCACAAGUUUUGAUGUGUGAAAAAUGUAAUAGAACGGGAUGUCUAUUCACAAGAUGUCUCCAGAGGCUACGUAAUGUGGUAUUUUGUAACAAGCUAGAAGUCACAUUACCAACUCAAUUAUCAACUCCAUCCAGGACUGAAAACGGUGAAUCACUUGAAUCUAUUCUUGCACCAGUCAUCACGAUUACUGUGUUUGGAAUCAUUGGGGGUGUAUUGUUGUUCAUUUAUGUAAGGAAAAAACGUCAACACGUCAAUAGUUAUGACAGGCAGCAAGAUACAAAUAACACAGAAAAGAAAAUCAAGGUUCAAACGAAUAGUGAAUCAAAGAAAAUUGAAGAUAAAUAUUCUGAUUAUACCGAGGGGGAUCAGAAAAACAACUAUUUGGUUCUUGAAUCUUCGCAUCCUAGUCAUGAGGUAGCAGACGAAAUGAAUGAAGAUUGCAGUAGUCCCUAUAAUGACGCUGAGGAAGGAGAUUAUGAUCAUCUCCGAGAGACAAAGUCGAGACAGAAAGAAAGAGAUGACACAUAUCACCACGCCCUGCAUGUGCACGUCGACGAUUCAUCCAAUUAUGACGUCACCAGACGGAAGUAUGACCAGGAAACAGAAAACAUGUAUGAUAAAACCGGAGGGAACAAUUUAGAUUCAGAAUAUGGAUACAAUAAAGUGCUACCUAAUAAUGAAGAAUGUCAUUACGAUAAAACCUUCACAACAUUGCAGAUUUGAAAUAUAUUAUACCUGUAAGUCACGACGUUAUACAAGGAGAUCAACGUUACCCAAGCACAUAUCUUCUCGCGUAAUGUUAUAACAGCGGAAGAGAGUCAAUUUACCAAGCAGUGAUACAUGUACAUAAAAUUCGAUUUUUACACUACCAAAUACAGCAACUCCUCGAUAUUUCUAUCAUUUCUGAAAACUUUUCAGCAAUUGCAUUUUCUCUUAUCUAUUUCAUUCCGGAACCCCUAGCAAUGGUCGUAUCGUGCGCUACUCAUUCAAUGUCAUCCAAAGUCAUUUAUCGGCAAGUUUUAUAAUAUCCUUGCAAUAAAAAUGUGUUUCUUCUUCUUACAUGUAUGUGCGUAAAAGUAUAAAGGAAGAAUUUUUUUGUAGAAAAAUGAGACUAAAUACAAACAACGCUUGCAGAAAUAAUAGGACUAUCGAAUUUUUAUUUACAAAGUUGAACUCGGUAAAAUAUGUCAUUCGAUAUUUGAUAGAUGUAGACCUUAUAUAUAUUUUUUCAAACGCAUUUAUUAAGGUGUGGUAAACUUGCUCCUCCCCUCGUAAUAAACAAUAUGCUGUACUUGAUUGUGAGGAGGGGACUUGAUUGUGAGGAGGGUACUUGAUUGUGAGGAGGGUACUUCAUUGUGAGGAAGGCCUGUUUACAGUUGACUAUGGUGUUAUAUUUACUUCUCUUUCACUUGUAUUGUGGUAUACAAUGUCAAAUUUAACAAGGUGAUGAUCAAUGAAAAAUGGUUAUGGAAAAUUUCAGACUUUUAUUCCACUGCAGCAAUAGAAGUAUGAAAGUCACAACACUUCUUUCGUGUAUGUGCAUGUAAGAGAGAGAUAGAGAUAGAGGGGAGAGAGAUAGAGAAUAUAUGUCCUUGCCAAAACAUUUCAAAAUAAAUUAUUUGAAAAUGA